GGAGGAGUGGCCCUUGAGUCCCCCUGCACCUGGUCCACAAGACGCCCGUGAGCCUCGGAACCCAGGAAAGCUGUCCAGGUACCCCAGGAAUGCCAGAACUCUGAGUGAGACUGGCUGAGAGCUGACCUCGUCUACCUUGUCCAACCCAGGAUCAAGAUGCUGAGCCUGAAGCUCCCUAGGCUGUUCCGCAUAGACCAGGUACCCCAGGUGUUCCAUGAGCAAGGCAUCCUCUUUGGCUACCGACAUCCACAGAGUUCUGCCACUGCCUGCAUCCUCAGCCUUUUCCAAAUGACCAAUGAGACCCUCAACAUCUGGACACACUUGCUGCCCUUCUGGUUCUUUGUGUGGAAGUUCGUGACUGCACUGUAUAUGACGGACAUUCAGAAUGACAGCUAUUCAUGGCCCAUGCUUGUAUACAUGUGCACCAGCUGCGUGUACCCCCUGGCAUCCAGCUGUGCACACACCUUCAGUUCUAUGUCCAAGAAUGCCCGGCAUAUCUGCUACUUCCUGGACUAUGGUGCCGUCAACCUCUUCAGCCUGGGUUCAGCCAUCGCGUAUUCUGCAUACACAUUCCCGGACGCACUGGUGUGCAGCACCUUCCAUGACUACUAUGUGGUCCUGGCUGUGGUGAACACCAUCCUCAGCACUGGCCUCUCCUGCUACUCCAGGUUUCUUGAAAUCCAGAAGCCCGGGCUCUGCAAGCUGCUCCGGGUCCUCGCCUUCGCCUACCCCUACACUUGGGACUCCCUCCCCAUCUUCUACAGGCUCUUCUUGUUACCAGAGGAGAGUUCAAGAAAUGAAGCCAUCUUGUACCACCAGAAGCACAUGGUUAUGACCCUCCUGGCAUCUUUCUUGUACUCUGCUCACCUGCCAGAGCGCCUGGCCCCUGGGCGCUUUGACUACAUCGGUCACAGUCACCAGCUGUUUCAUGUGUGUGUGAUCCUGGCUACACACUUGCAGAUGGAAGCCAUCCUUCUGGACAAGACUCUAAGGAAGGAAUGGCUCUUGGCCACCUCCAGAACCUUCUCUUUCCCUCAGAUAGUGGCAGCCAUACUUCUGUGCAUCAUCUUCAGCCUCAGCAACAUAAUUUAUUUCUCUGCUGCUCUGUAUCGGAUUCCUGAGCCAGAAUUACAUAAAAAGGAAACAUGACUGCAGAAUAUUUGCCUUGGAUGCCAGACAUCGAUGCUAAGCCAUUGGUGCGGUGCUGUCUGCAGUGGCCAAAAGUGUUCAUAGUGACUGAUGUCCUGAAUGGGUUCAUGUCAAAAAGUAUUUAACUGGGGGAGAGUUCUCUCAUUGUGCACUGAUCCUGUGUGUG